AGAUCGGAGGGGAAUGUUUCUUUACGCUGCCACCUGCUCCAGCCAGCUGACCACCGUGGGUGUGGCCCAACCACCGGAGAUUCUUCCGCUGCAUCUGCAUUAGGAAAAGCAAGGCGAUCUCAGCUCAGCUCAAGUCAGCUCGCCCUCCUCUCAGCUCAGCUCCACCACUGGCGUCGAGCGAGCGAGUUGACCAGUACUACUACUUCAGUGUCGCCAUCGCCGGUCAGGUGGUGCACACUGGGCACACGCCAAGGCCAAGGCUUUGCUCGCUCGCCGGGAGAGCUCUGUCUCUUUCUUCUUCUUGCUCUGCCCGCGGCCUCUGGGCUCCCGCGACGCCACCGUCUUGGGGAACGCUGCCUGCGAUGCUGGGGACGGCCAAGCAGCUGCUGCAGCUGCAGGCCGCGACGCACCGGUGGAACGGCGCCCGCCGCCGCCAGCCCCUCGCCCCCGCGCCCCCUCGCCACGCUCCCGCGGCCAGAGCCGGCAGAUUCCUCGCGUGCCUGCUCGCUCUCGCCGCCGGCGCCAUCCUCAUGCUCUGCGUCACGCUCCACCGCCCGGAGCCCGAUGCUUCCGCCGCCGCCUUGCCACGCGGCGGCGGCUACGCCGUGGUGAUCAACACGUGGAAGCGCUACGACCUCCUGAAGAGAGCCGUCGCGCACUACUCCGUCUGCGCGGGCGUGGACGCCGUCCACGUCGUGUGGAGCGAGCCGCGGGAGCCGCCGGAGGCCCUGCGCCGGAGCGUCCUCAACUGCAGCCGCGGCGCCGCCGACGUUGGGUUCGUGAUGAACAGGGGAAACAGCCUCAACAACAGGUUCAGGCCGAUCCAGGGGCUCAGGACGGACGCCGUCUUCUCCGUCGACGACGACCUCGUCGUGCCGUGCUCCACGCUGCGGUUCGCCUUCGGCGUCUGGCGGAGCGCGCCCUCUGCCAUGGUCGGCUUCGUGCCCCGGAUACACUGGCCUGCUGACCCGAGAGGCAAUACCAAAGAGUACAGAUAUGGAAGCUGGUGGUCAGUUUGGAGAACAGGGACAUACAGCAUGGUACUUUCCAAAGCGAGUUUUCUCCAUAAGCGGUAUUUGGAUCUAUAUACCAACCACAUGCUACCGUCGAUACGCGAUUAUGUGACAGAGAAUAGGAAUUGUGAGGACAUUGCUAUGUCUUUUCUUGUUGCAAAUGUAACUGGAACUCCACCAAUAUGGGUCCAAGGAAGGAUAUUCGAGAUCGGAUCGACCGGCAUCAGCAGUUCAAAAGGCCAUGAUUUGCGGAGAUCUAGAUGUUUGAAUGCAUUUGCUUCCAUGUAUGGCCAUAUGCCCCUGGUAGCGUCUACAGUCAAGGCUGUUGAUAGCCGAACUAGCUGGUUUUGGUGAUAUGGUUUUCAGUUUGGUUUGGUUUGUCUCUGUUUUGCCUUUCACUUGGGUGCGGCCUAGCACAUAUUACCAGGCUAGUGUGCUUGUGCAUAGUUCAUCAGCUUCUAAGAUAUAGUGUCCGUUGCAAGACUACAGCUCUUUGUAAAUUAUAUGUGCAGGGAAACUGAAACUGUUUAUGAAUUUUGACACUCCUCUGGUCAAGCGCAGUACAGAGUCGUAUUUUUGUCUCCA